UCCUCACAUAAUACAUAUUAAGCAAAUUAUUUAUUUAUAAUUAGGACUGUCGUAAUCUAUUAGCACAUUUACCAUCACUUUCCCUUUUCGCAUUGCGAUCAAUCAACCUCCUACCUGGUAAUGUGAUGGCUGCUAGUAUCCAGAGUUCAUAGAGCUCAGAGAAAAACGCACUCAAUCGAAUUUCAAGAUAUACAAAUCCACAAACAACUACCAAACCAACUAGAAUUAUUGCAGUUAAGUGGCUAAACUACUACACACUGGACAUUAUCCAAUACCUGGAACUAUACUGAAACAACAAGAAGCGAGCACAGACACCUAACGUUUUGCAUAAACUCGUGACAAAUAUAUUGAUUAUUGGCUCUAGGUCAGAACAUGUUUGUUAUGUACCUUCUGUUAACGUGGGUUUUACUGAUUUCAAAGUUGUCAUGUACCUCAACAGAAAAGUUGCCCGUUAUUAUCUGGCACGGGAUGGGCGAUAGAGGAACGGGUAUGGGUAUACUGAAGCUAGCUAAAGCGAUACAAGACGAAAUACCUGGAACAUAUGUAAAAUGCAUUACCACCAGCAACUCAGUAAUUCAGGAUAUUGAAGAUACAUAUUUUAUGCCGAUCAAUGAUCAACUGGAUUAUGUUUGUCGUAUGAUACAUGAAGAUAAAAACCUAUCUAAUGGUCUACACAUGAUUGGUAUAUCACAGGGUGGAUUAUUUGUUAGAGCGUUAGUUCAAAAAUGCAACUUAUCGAAAGUCGGCACAGUUGUUUCUAUUGGAGGACCUCAACAGGGUAUAUUUGGGAUACCAAAAUGCACUAUUGAUGGGUUUAUUCAUUUGUGCUUAUUAAUGAACGAGCUACUUUCAUAUGGAGCCUAUAUUAAAUUUAUUCAGAGUCAGUAAGUGCUAGACAAAUAGUUAUGAAAUUAUCAGCGGUUUUGGAUUUAUUAAAGUAUGCUAGCAUAAUUGUAAGUUGGGUAAGAGAAACUAUAUUUUCAAGAUUUACAAAUACUAAAGUGUGUCAGUAUUCAAGGGGUCUAAAUGGUAGCUUCAUCACAGUUAAUUGUAAAUUUAAAGUACAUUUAACUUAUCACAUAUUAUUAUAUAUUAUAUGUACAUAUAUUAUUAAUAUUAGCGCAUUGCCUUCUGCUCAAUUUGAUCAUACAUUUACUGGUUGUGAAGUUUUUUGCGAAAAAUAACUGUUUAGCUAAACUAAUUGGAGGAGACGAAAAACAUCACGGAUCACAUCAUUCUAGUCAAUAAAUCUCUAUUACUAAGGCGAG